AGGGAGGAAGGGUGUGUGUGUGUGUGUGUGUGUGUGUGUGUGUGUGUGAGAGACAGACAGUGGUCUACCUGUUUCAGACAGAGAAGAGAGAGCGGGAAAAGGCAGGGCAAUGCUCAGUGCGUGGUUUUGGUGGGAUCGUUUGUGGUUGCCUGUGAAUGUCACGUGGGCAGAUCUACAGGAUACAGAGGACCAGGUUUACGCUCAUGUGUCUCAUCUCUAUAUGAUUUUACCGAUCACUGUACUGCUGCUGGGCCUCCGAGUCCUGUAUGAGAGACUAAUUGCUCCACCCAUCGCUGCAGCCCUUGGGGUGAAGGACAAAGUCCGUCAGAGAUCCUCGAAUAAUCCCACACUGGAACAGUACUAUAACACACACUCUAGACAUCCAUCACAGAUUGAUGUUAGCGGGCUCAGUAAGAAGGUGAGCUGGUCAGAGCGUCAGGUUGGUCAGUGGUUUCGCAGACGGAGGAAUGAGGACAGACCUGGAGUAGUGAAGAAGUUUAGAGAAGCCAGUUGGAGGUUCGUGUUUUAUCUCUACGCCUUUCUCGGAGGUCUCCUGGCCUUAUAUGACAAACCGUGGUUCUAUGACCUACAUGAAGUGUGGGCGGGAUUUCCCAAACAGACCCUGCUGGACUCGCAGUACUGGUAUUACAUGAUUGAGAUGAGUUUUUACAGCUCCCUGUUAUUCAGUGUGGCCGUGGAUGUCAAGCGAAAGGAUUUUAAGGAGCAGUUGGUUCAUCACUGGGCCACUUUAACCCUGCUGACCUUCUCCUGGUGCGCAAACUACAUCCGCAUCGGGACUCUGGUCAUGCUGGUGCACGAUGCUGCAGAUGUUUUCUUGGAGUCGGGGAAGGUGUUCAAUUACGCCGGAUGGUCGCAAGCCUGUAACACCAUCUUCAUCCUCUUCACGGUGGUCUUCAUGGUCACCAGGCUGAUCAUCUUCCCUUUCUGGUUGAUCCACUGCACCUGGGUUUAUCCUCUGGAACAAUUUCAGCCAUUUUUUGGAUAUUAUUUCUUCAACGGGAUGCUGGUGGUCCUGCUGCUGCUGCACAUCUUCUGGGCGUUGCUCAUCCUGCGUAUGGUCAUUAAACUCAUGUCUGGUGAAAUGAAAGGUGAUGAAAGAAGCGAUGAGGAAGAAGAGGAGGAGAGUCAGGAUGAAGCACAGAAACACAACCAUACACACUGUGACUCUAACGGAUGUCUGGCUAAUGGUCACUGACUCCAAACCGGACGCGUGGACAGCGG